AUGCUCGUUAACAAGUAUCACCGCGCGUUGAGUGGGCGGACCUCGCUCCGAUGGCUGCUAAACGGCAUUACAACGUGGAAGAGAUGCUUAACCGGUUCGGUGCCGAGGGAACCAGAAGGGCCGGUACUUACGACGGAGAUACCGGGUCCUCGAUCGCGCAGCUUGCUACAAGAAUUAAAUACGAUUCAACAAGCGUCUUCCGUACAAUUCUUCGCAGACUAUGAAAAAUCCGCCGGUAAUUACAUAAUAGACGUUGACGGGAACGCGUUGCUGGACGUUUAUAUGCAAAUCUCAUCAAUGCCCCUAGGGUACAAUCAUCCGGCUAUGUUGGAGGCUCUCGGCGAUCCCGUUAAUCAAAAAAUUAUAGCGAAUAGGCCUGCAUUAGGUGUCUUUCCAGGGAAAGAUUGGCCUAAUAGAUUAAAGGAUGUUCUGCUUAAGAAAGAGUUUGCACCACCCGGAUUAUCGCACAUCACAACAAUGAUGUGCGGUUCUUGUUCCAACGAGAACGCUUUUAAAAACAUUUUUAUUUGGUACGCCGAGAAACAAAGGCAAAGAGCGCCGUUCACGAAGGAAGAGAUAGAGUCAUGUAUGAUAAAUCAAAUUCCCGGUUCACCUCGAUACUCUAUUAUGUCCUUUAAAGGUAGCUUUCAUGGAAGAACCUUAGGUGUCCUUUCAACGACUCACAGCAAGUACAUUCACAAAAUGGAUAUACCGGCUUUCGACUGGCCUAUCGCCUCUUUUCCAGAGUACAAAUAUCCUUUAGAGGAGAACGUGCGAGAAAACAAGCACGAAGAUAAGCGUUGCCUCGCGGAGGUCGAGGAACUAUUCGAGAAGUACAAAAACGAAAAGAAAAUACCAGUAGCUGGCGUGAUAAUUGAGCCUAUUCAAGCGGAAGGCGGCGAUAAUCACGCGUCGCCAGAAUUCUUUCAGGAACUUCAACGCGUGACGCGGAAGCACGGAGCUGCGUUACUUAUCGACGAAGUGCAAACUGGUGGCGGACCAACGGGAAAAAUGUGGUGCCACGAACACUUCAAUUUAGAUACCCCACCCGACGUGAUGACUUUCAGCAAGAAAAUGCAAAUGGGCGGUUAUUAUCACUUGGAGGAUCUAAAACCGAAACUGUCAUAUCGUGUGUUCAAUACUUGGAUGGGAGAUCCCGGCAAAGUGAUACUGCUCGAAGCGAUUAUAAAAACGAUCAAAAAGGAGAAUCUUUUGGAUAGGGUUACGCGCGUCGGCGACUAUGUAUUGAAACAUUUGAUGGAUAUGCAAAAAGAGCAUUCUGCUACAAUCAGCGCAGUGCGUGGACGUGGAACUUUCAUAGCGUUUAAUUGCGCCUCGCCUGAAAUGCGAGACAACAUCAUCAAGAAACUUGCAACGAGAGGUAUCCAGACAGGUGGAUGCGGUAGCCAAGCCGUGCGGCUGAGGCCUGCGUUGACUUUCACAGAGCGUCAUGCCGAUAUAUUUCUGGACGCACUUCGUUCUGUGUUAAGAAAAUAAGAAUAAUCCUGGUGAUUUCUUGUGUCUUCCAAAUCAGAUGUCUUCCAUUAUGGAGUGUUCACAGAGAUAUACGAAGUCUAUGAUAAAAUAAUCAUUAUUUUUCUAUGGCAGUUAUAUUAUGGAAUAGUUUAUGACAAAUGACGAAUUAAUGACGAACUAAUCAACUGUAUUGUCUUAUAAAUGUGUGUAACAAAUAUCGUUCGAUGUGUUCUAGAAAAUGUGCAAAAUUAUGAUAUGAAUGUAUUCCGUAACAAAUGUAGAACUGUAAGUGAUAUCUUUAUUGAGUAUAAAUUUUUACAUCGAUUAUUUAUAUAUUUCAAUAUUUUGAACAAUAUUUGCUAUAUUUUAGAAAAUUUAGUAUAAAGUGAUUAACAAUUUUUAUAAUUUAUAUUUUAUUUUAUCUUCCUGCUAUUAUUUGCUAAUUGGCUUGAUUGAUAUAAUUGGAAAAAUUAUUGCACAAUUACAAAAUGUCUUCUAAAAAAACUGCCAAUAAAAAAUGUUUAAGCUG